GCCGUUACUAGCGCUACUAUGUAAACGCUUCACAUUUCUAACAAGUUACCCAACACAUCGGUUGUGAUUGGACCCAACUCACGCGCGGCUGUUUCCUUUUUUCUUAUUCCUUACCAUACCUAUGCUUUGACGAGACGUAGGCUUGUAGUCCCUGCUCUCGUUGGACUUGUAAUUGGCUGCAUUUAGUUCGGGAUAUUCCUAAAGCACGACAAGUGGUUGGCUUUGUCUCUGAACAAAUAACCAUAACUACCCAAAGAUCAAAAGUAGGUCUUGGCCAUUCAGUGGAGCAGCUUACGAAGCGGGUUUGAGCCAGCUCUGUUCUUGGACGACCUGACUAAGAAGCACAUCGUCAUCAAAGUCAACCCAGAAAUUGACACCGCAGGAUAUGAAGUCUAUGCUUCUUGGUUGAUGUCUUUGAGGCCUCGUCCGAUCUACAGGGGUUGAAGGCUCAUGUCAUGAUUGCACAAGUCCCAUUGUGGCUCUUGAAAGCACGGCAAAUCGGCACAGAUAGAGACUAAAGGGGUUUGGGUUCGCAUUUUGCACACUAGGAAUACCGAGGAAUCAUGUCUUCCAAAACCGAUUCGUAUCAUUUCUCUGAAUCUUGUGUGCUGUAUGAGAGCCCAGACCGAUCUAUUGUUCUUAUAGACAUUCCCCAUUCUAUUGAAGAGGCGCAACUAUUACCGGGACAGAUCCCUAAGCAACGUAUUAUCUCUUGCAGUCCGAUAGAAACGCCGUGGAAAAUACCCGAGCCCAAAAAGAAAAGCUCGGAGCAGUUGACAACACCUUCCGCAAGUAUAGCUGAACUGAUGACCCAAGAAGCCGUCAGGUCAGCACUUGAAAAGGCCAAGCUGAACUACAAAGGCUUAUGGUGUUUGCCGCGUGUUGUACAGGAUGCAGGUGAAUUGUGUGAUGAUAAGUCAUAUAUUAAAGAGUCGCAAAAGAGGAAGCGAACUACGGACACGCCGGCCGACGUGAUACCGGAGUCUCUCAUUCCAGAUCAAUCACACUAUCUCUUAGGAACCAUAGAGUCUCGGCGAGGAGCCUUUAUCGCAGACGCCCCCAUGUUCGAUUUAAUUGUUCUUGAUCCACCGUGGCCUAGUCGAUCUGUAAAGCGGAAACAAAACAGCUACACUAUUGCGUAUAACAUGCAAGAAGUUAGGGAUCUCUUAACUCACAUACCCAUCGCGUCACACCUAAAGUCAGACGGCAUUGUGGCAGUAUGGGUCACUAACAAACCUGCAGUCACUGAUUUACUAACAUCUCCACACGGGAUCUUCUCUGAAUGGGGCCUGGAACUCGUUGGGGAAUGGACCUGGCUGAAGAUCACUAGUUCCGGAGACCCAGUCAUCGACUUAGAAGCCCAAUGGAGAAAGCCGUGGGAGCGGUUGUUGCUGGGUAGGAAGAGAAGCAGCAGGGUGAAAACUCCAAUCCCAAACAAGGUGACUCUGGGGGUUCCAGAUAUCCACUCAAGAAAGCCGAAUCUAAGACGCUUAUUUCAGGGCUUACUGCCAGAAAAUUAUAUUGCACUAGAGGUGUUUGCGAGGAAUCUCACCGCGGGCUGGUGGGGUUGGGGAAGCGAGGUCUUGUAUUUUCAACAGGGCCAUCACUGGGUAGAUAUACCAGAUGACGUACCAACAAAGGUAUAGCAUCAAGCAAGCAUUGUCUUCUGCUCGCUGUCCAAUGUGUGUUGUACAUGCAAAUCUGGUCCGGGGUCUUCCCAUAGUCGUACUCUCAUCCUCUAUCAUGCCUACAG